UUUGACCGCAGUGAGUCAGAAACAGACCCAGUGCCCGCUCACCCGGGCCGCCUAACGUGCAACAUCCUCCUGCUGCUCGCGGAGGUAGUUUGGGUGGUGGGAAGUGGAACCUUCGCGGUCUGGUUACAGACCGUCUCCCCUCCGUCAGGAGGAAAUCACGAGUGCGAAGGAGAAAAACUUUGCCCCGGUGUAAGACACACCCCACGCCUGCGUGGCACUGGGGCCACCGAGGGGCACCUGGCACGGGGAGGUGCGGGAGACUGUGUGCCUAGCAGCUGGGUUGCAGGUAUUGAGUCUGCCCCAGUCUGCACCGCAAGGAAAGCUCUCCUUCCGGCUAACAUGCCCUGUCCACGUCUGAGAAAUUACCCCACGCCCUGCUUUCUGCCCUGUGGGCUCCAGAGAUAGAGCAGGGCUUGGACAUCCCUGGCAGCUUUAUCCACAAGGGCUCUCCUGUGGGCCAAGCUGGUGGCUCCCUCUCUUCUUGCAUCCCUCCUGUGCCCAGGACUGUUGAUUUUUCAUUUCCAAAUUUGGCAGAUUUCACUUGGAAAGAAUAGCAGCUGUCUCUGGAGCAGAUUGGGAAUGGGCUGGGAGAGAGGAGCAGAGCCAAUCAGGGGUGGCCCUGGAGCUCCCUGGGGACACCAGCCUGUUUCUUCCCCUCCCCUUCCUUUUCCCUUCCUCCUUCCUCCAGCCUCCUCUCCUCUUUUUCCCUCCUCUCCAGUAGCCACGUGCGUCUGCCCAGCUGCUCCCUUCCCUGAGAGACCCAGAGGCCUCCAUGGCCUCACCCACGUCCACCAACCCAGCACAUGCCCACUUCGAGAGCUUCCUGCAGGCCCAGCUGUGCCAGAAUGUGCUGAGCAGCUUCCAGGGGCUAUGCCAGGCCCUGGAGCUGGAGCCUGGUGGGGGGCUGCCCCAGUACCACAAGAUCAAGGCUCAGCUCAAUUACUGGAGCGCCAAGUCGUUGUGGGCCAAGCUGGACAAGCGAGCAAGCCAGCCCGUCUACCAGCAGGGCCAGGCCUGCACCAACACGAAGUGCCUGGUGGUGGGUGCUGGACCUUGUGGUCUGCGGGCUGCUGUGGAGCUGGCACUGCUGGGAGCCCACGUGGUACUCGUGGAAAAGCGCACCAAGUUCUCUCGCCACAAUGUGCUCCACCUCUGGCCGUUCACCAUCCAUGACCUUCGGGCGCUCGGUGCCAAGAAGUUCUAUGGGCGCUUCUGCACAGGCACCCUGGACCACAUCAGCAUCCGGCAGCUCCAGCUGCUUUUGUUGAAAGUGGCAUUACUGCUGGGGGUGGAAAUUCACUGGGGUGUCACCUUCACUGGCCUCCAGCCCCCUCCCCAAAAGGGGAGUGGCUGGCGUGCCCAGCUCCAGCCCAAUCCUCCUGCUCAACUGGCCAACUAUGAAUUUGAUGUCCUCAUCUCUGCCGCUGGAGGUAAAUUCGUCCCUGAAGGCUUUACAGUGCGAGAAAUGCGUGGCAAACUGGCUAUUGGCAUCACGGCCAACUUUGUGAACAGGCGCACUGUGGAAGAGACACAGGUGCCCGAGAUCAGCGGUGUGGCCAGGAUCUACAACCAGACCUUUUUCCAGAGCCUGCUCAAAGCUACAGGCAUUGAUCUGGAAAACAUUGUAUACUACAAGGACGACACACAUUACUUUGUGAUGACAGCCAAGAAGCAGUGCCUGCUGCGUCUGGGGGUGCUACGUCAGGACUGGCCAGAGACCGACCGGCUGCUGAGCAGUGCCAAUGUGGUGCCCGAGGCUCUGCAGUGCUUUGCCCAGGCAGCUGCUGACUUCGCCACCCAUGGCAAGCUCGGGAAGCUGGAGUUUGCCCGAGACGCCCGUGGGCGGCCUGAUGUCUCUGCUUUUGACUUCACAAGCAUGAUGCGAGCAGAUAGCUCUGCUCGUGUCCAGGAGAAGCAUGGUGCCCGCCUGCUGCUGGGGCUAGUGGGGGACUGCCUGGUGGAGCCCUUCUGGCCCCUGGGCACUGGAGUAGCCCGGGGAUUCUUGGCAGCCUUUGAUGCAGCCUGGAUGGUGAAGCGGUGGGCAGAGGGCGCUGGGCCCCUAGAAGUGUUGGCAGAGCGUGAGAGCCUGUACCAGCUCCUGUCACAAACAUCCCCGGAAAACAUGCACCGCAACGUCGCCCAAUAUGGGCUGGACCCAGCCACCCGCUACCCCAACCUUAACCUCCGGGCUGUGUCUUCUAAUCAGGUGCGAGACCUGUAUGAUGUGAUGGCCAAGGAGCCCGUGCAGAGGAAGAAUGACAAGACUGAUUCAGGAAAGCCCGACAGUGGGUCGGUGGGCACACAGGAAGAACUGCUACACUGGUGCCAGGAGCAGACAGCUGGGUACCCUGGUGUCCAUGUCACCAACCUUUCUUCCUCCUGGGCCGAUGGGCUGGCUCUGUGUGCCCUGGUGAACAGGCUGCGGCCUAGCCUGCUGGAACCCUCAGAGCUGCAGGGGAUGGGGGCUCUGGACGCGACUAGUUGGGCCUUGAAGAUGGCAGAGCAUGAACUGGGCAUCACACCCAUGUUGUCCGCACAGGCAAUAGUGGCAGGAAGCGACCCACUGGGCCUCAUCGCCUACCUUAGCCACUUUCACAGUGCCUUCAAGAGCGCACCCCACAACUCAGGCCCUGUCAACCAAGGCUCCCUGGGGACCUCCAGUGCUGUACUAUUCCUUGGCAAACUGCAGAGGACCCUGCAACGAACCCGGGCCCAGGAAAACGGGGAGGAUGUAGGUGGCAAGAAGCCACGCCUGGAGGUAGAGGCUGAGACCCCCAGCACUGAGGAGCUGCCUGUCCCAGAGUCUGGUGUACCCCGGACACCCCCAUUGCAACACCAGGAGGCUGGUGGCGAGGACGUGUGUGCACUUUGUGGGGAACGCCUUUAUAUCCUGGAACGCCUGUGUGCCAAUGGCCGUUUCUACCACCGGAGCUGCUUCUGCUGCCAUAUCUGUGAGGCCACACUGUGGCCAGGUAGCUAUGGACAGCACCCAGAAGAUGGACAUUUUUACUGCCUGCAGCACCUACCCCAGUCAGGCCACAAAGAGGAUGGCAAUGACAGAGGCCUUGAGAGUCAGGACCUCCCCACACCAGGCGAGAAUAACAUGCCAUCCGGCCCCUCAACUCCAGCUCCCAUGGCCCCCCAGGAGGGGGCCAGUCCAGUCCCAAGCCCCAACCAGCCCACCCGUCGGCCUAUCCGUCUCUCCAGCCCAGAGCGGGAACGGCUGUCCUCCCUCAAUCUGACCCCUGACCCUGAAGAGGAGGCUCCGCCCAAGCCCCCCCGCAGCUGCUCUGCCCUGGCUCGCCAGGCGCUAGAGGGCAGCUUUGUGGGCUGGGGGGUGCCAACCCAGACCCCUCAAGUUCUUAUGGCCAUGGAGGAGGAGGGGGGAGGGCACCCCUCCUCCAGUGACGAGGAUGAGGACAACGACGAGGAUGACAGGGAGCCUGCGGCUCUGGACCCCGCCACGGAACAGGCUCUGCUGACCUUCGCCAAGAACUCAGGCACCAUGGACAAGUACCCGACAUGGCGGCGGACUCUGCUGCGCCGCGCUAAGGAGGAGGAGAUGAAGAGGUUCUGCAAGGCCCAGGCCAUCCAGCGGCGACUCAAUGAGAUCGAGGCUGCUCUGAGGGAGCUGGAGGCCGAGGGAAUGAAGGUGGAGCUGGCCUUGAGGAACCAGAGCAGUUCCCCAGAACAGCAAAAGGCACUAUGGGUACAACAGCUGCUACAUCUUGUUGAGAAGAAACACAGCCUGGUGAAGGAGGAGGCUGAGCUCAUGAUCAAGGUACAGGAGCUUAGCCUGGAGGAGAAACAAUUGCAGCUGGACCAGGAGCUACGAGGCUACAUAAACCGGGAAGGUAGGCAGGAUGUGGGGAGUGGCAGAUAUCAUGGGGCUGGGGUUUGUAUGAUCCUCGUGAUGUCAGAUACUGACCAAGCAACACAGUCCUCUAGUCAGAGUCCCUCUGAGGCAAUUCAGGAGGAAGCCAGAGGAAGGGGCUCCAAGCCCCUACUCUGCCUUCAGUUCAAUCAGAGCUGCACAUUUGGGCUUUCAUGCAGAAUUUCUUUUUAAAAUAUGCUGCUGUGAAACAGUGCUAGAAAACCACUGGUGUUGACAAACCUAAUUUUACAGAUUAGGAAACAAAGCUCAGGUUGUAGAAAUCACAUGGGCCAGGUUUAGGUUUUCCUCUCUAGCCUCCCUGCCUAGUUCUCUAAGCUUCGUCUUCUCACUUCAGAAUCCCUAAAGACAGCUGCCGAUCGGCAGGCUGAGGAGCAGAUUCUGAGGAAGCUGGUGAAUGUGGUGAACCAGCGAGAUGCCCUCAUCCGCU